GGCGGCCGUGUGAGCCUGGCGGGCGGGCGGGCGCGUAGCGUUGCAGACAGCGGCGGGCAGCAGCGGGCAGCUGCGGGCCGCGGUGGCACAGCCCGUGGGCGCGGCAGCGGGGACAGGCGGGGCGGCGGCAGAGCCUGAAAGAUGACCACAGCAGCAAGGCCAACGUUUGAGCCUGCGAGAGGUGGGAGAGGAAAAGGAGAAGGGGAUCUGAGCCAACUCUCGAAGCAGUAUUCAAGUAGAGACCUUCCUUCUCAUACCAAGAUCAAAUACAGACAAACCACUCAGGAUGCCCCUGAAGAGGUUCGGAACCGCGACUUCCGGAGAGAGCUGGAGGAGAGAGAGCGAGCUGCCGCCAGGGAGAAAAACAGAGAUCGUCCGACCCGGGAACAUACAACCUCCUCUUCCGUGUCAAAGAAGCCCCGGUUAGAUCAGAUUCCCGCCGCCAACCUCGAUGCCGACGACCCGCUCACAGACGAAGAAGAUGAAGAUGAAGAUUUUGAAGAGGAGAGUGAUGAUGAUGACACAGCAGCUCUCCUUGCAGAGCUGGAGAAGAUCAAGAAGGAAAGAGCUGAGGAGCAGGCCAGGAAGGAGCAAGAACAGAAGGCUGAGGAAGAAAGGAUUCGUAUGGAAAAUAUUCUCAGCGGCAACCCGCUCCUCAAUCUCACUGGCCCAUCCCAGCCUCAGGCUAACUUCAAGGUUAAAAGAAGGUGGGACGAUGACGUGGUUUUCAAGAACUGUGCAAAGGGCGUGGAUGACCAGAAGAAAGACAAAAGGUUUGUCAAUGACACGUUGCGCUCUGAGUUCCACAAAAAAUUCAUGGAGAAGUACAUUAAAUAAUACAGUCCCAUGUGCUCCAAAAGUUCAUGGAAAAGUACGUUAAAUAGUGCAGUUCUACGUACUCUAAAAGUUCAUGGAGAUAGCGCAGUCCCAUGUGCUCCAUCAGAGGCUGUAAACUGGGGUGACUGCUCUGACCUGGUUUGGAUCAGUGUCUCCCUCGUCUAGACUGAGUAGACUGUCCUGGGUUUCAAGUCCCGUGAUGCAUUUUUCCUUUAUUGCUGUUUAUGGGAGUGUCAUGUUUUGUUUCGAGUGUGGAAAGGGAAUCUGCUUGUAAUAAACUUGUGUCGUGAUCUGA